GCUGUAAUCUGGCUGCUGGUUCUUCAGCACAGUCGCUACAAGAUGAUGGGCAUAAUAAAAAUUGUUCUGCUAGCUUCAGCGUGUCUUGCUGUCGCGGCCGCCUCCAGAGUGCUUGGUCGCCGCCCGGGUGGCAUCUCCAGAAUAGCUGGAGGAAGUGUUGCCAACAUCGAGGACUACCCAUACACGGUCGCUGUGCACUAUGAUGGCAUGUUUAUGUGCGGCGGCGCUAUCAUCUCCGAGAAGUGGUUCCUGACGGCUGCCAGGUGCAUCGGAGAGCAGCUGAAGGAAAGGUUCACCGCCUACGUCGGCAGCAGCAAGAAGUACGCCAACGGCACGGACCACCCGGUCUCGCAGAUCAUCUUCCACCCCAAGUACCACAUGUACGGGCAGUACCAGAACUACCCCGUGUACGACCUCGCCGUCGUCCGGGUGAAAAAAUCAUUCGUGUUCAGCGAGAAGAUACAGCCCGUCAAGCUGCCAACACCCAAUCAAGUGUUCUCGAUAGGAAGCCUUGCAAAUCUAACAGGGUGGGGCGAUGUAAAUGCCACCAUGACGGAGGUGUACGUGAUGGACCUCCGGGCGGUGAGUCUGCCGCUCAUGUCCAGGGCUGCCUGCGAGGCAGUCUACGGGGAGGGCACCGUGACGAGGUCCAUGCUGUGCGCCGGCUACGAGGACGGCGGCAAGACGGCGUGCGACGACGACAUCGGCGGGCCCCUGGUGGCGGACGACGUGCUCGUGGGCAUCCUGUCGUGGGGCGUGGGCUGCGGCGGCAAGUACCCGGACGUGUUCACCGACCUGACCUUCCUGCGCGACUGGAUCCUCACCAGGACCGGCGUCUAGGAGGCCCGAGGGCGACAAACGGACUUCGCGGACUUCACUGUUUCUAGUCGAAUCAAUAAAAAAAUAUGUCUCUUA